AUGAGAGAAAAGGGAAAGGUAAAAUUAACAGUUAAAAAUAAUAUUGACUUUGAGGAUAAUCACUUAAAUAAUGCUUCUUCAGGAGAGAAAUUGAAUAAUGUUUCUUUUAUAUCAAAUGCUGAGUCUGAAAUUGAUGAAUAUUUAGCUUAUAAUAAUAAUUAUAGUCUUAUUAUGAAACAUCUUACAACAUUGGAAGCUGAAAAUGUAUGCCUUCAAUUUCUUCUGGAUCAAGGAACCUUUAAGAUGAAUAACCAACAAGCUAAUAAUGCAAAAUCUAAUAAAAGAAAGCCUAAGAUAUUAGAUGAAAGUGAUAAUGAUAUUUUAAGUAAUAAUUCAAAGAUACUUGAACAAAAUGAAAGAUCUAAAUAUGUUAAAACUAUUGUCGAUGACUGUGAAUCAACACGUAAUAGUAAAAAAAAUGUGAAUGAGAAACCAUCAGAUACAACUUCAUCAAAUUUGACCAUUCAAUCACAAACCUCAACUGGUUCAAGAAGUUCAAGAGGUCAGGUUCAACAAACUCACCAAUCAAUACGUAAUAGUAAAAAAAAUGUGAAUGAGAAACUAUUAGAUACAACUUCUUCAAAUUUGACCAUUCAAUCAUAA